AUGGCGGAGAAUAAGGAAAAGCUUGUGGAGAGGAGAGGGUGUAAUCAUUAUGGAUGGUCUUUGAGUUAUAAAAGGAGGAUUCACACAGUGCGCUGUUGUUCCCGGCAGAGACUAACUGCGGUCCUGGCAUUGGCAACACUCAUAUCUGCAUUUGGUUCAUCCUUCCAGUAUGGAUAUAAUGUGGCUGUGGUCAACUCUCCAUCAACGUUCAUGCAGCAGUUUUAUAAUGCCACCUACCUGGAGCGUUACGGAAGACCGAUGGAGGAGAACUUCCAGACUCUGCUGUGGUCUCUGUCUGUGUCCAUGUAUCCUCUGGGAGGCUUCUUCGGCUCUCUGAUGGUGGCCCCGCUGGUCAACAAACUAGGGAGGAAAGGCACCCUCCUCUUCAACAACAUCUUCUCCAUCGUCCCAGCUGUCAUGAUGGGAGUCAGUGAGAUUGCCAAAUCCUAUGAGAUUAUUAUAGUGGCCAGGUUUAUAGUGGGAAUCUGUGCAGGGCUCUCAUCCAAUGUGGUGCCCAUGUAUCUGGGCGAACUCUCUCCUAAGAACCUGAGAGGAGCGAUUGGCAUCGUACCUCAGCUCUUCAUCACCAUUGGCAUCCUCAGUGCUCAAGUGCUGGGUAUCAGACACAUACUGGGGAACAGCACAGGCUGGACCCUCAUGCUGGGUUUAACUGGUAUCCCUGCCGUGAUAGAGCUCCUGCUGCUGCCCUUCUUCCCAGAGAGUCCCAGGUACACACUCAUCCAAAAGGGAGAUGAGAAGACAGCAAAGAAAGCGCUACAGCGUCUGCGUGGCUGGGACGAUGUGGAUGGAGAGAUAUCAGAGAUGCAUCUGGAGGACCAGUCGGAGAAGGCCGAGGGCCGCCUGUCUGUGCUCUCCCUGCUGUCCCAGCGCUCCCUUCGCUGGCAGCUGAUCUCCAUCAUCAUCAUGAACAUGGGCCAACAGCUGUCGGGGGUCAACGCGAUUUACUACUAUGCAGACAGCAUUUAUGCCAGUGCAGGAGUCAAGGAGAAUGACAUCCAGUAUGUGACUGUGGGAACAGGUGCAGUGAAUGUCUUCAUGACCAUAGCUGCUGUCUUCAUCGUGGAGGCGUCAGGACGACGGCUGCUCCUCCUCUGUGGUUUUGGGAUCUGCUGUGGAGCCUGUGUGCUGCUCACCGUUGCUCUCACCUUCCAGGAGAGCGUGACGUGGAUGCCCUACGUCAGCAUCACCUGUGUCAUCAUCUACGUCAUCGGACAUGCAAUAGGACCAAGUCCCAUUCCGUACGUGGUGACCACUGAGAUGUUCAGGCAGUCAGCCAGACCCGCUGCCUUCAUGGUCGCAGGCUCCGUGCACUGGCUGUCCAACUUCACUGUUGGCCUGGUCUUCCCUUUUCUAGAGAGAGGCCUGGGCUCCUACAGUUUUAUCAUUUUUUCCUUCAUCUGCCUGGCAACGCUGUUGUACAUCUGGCUGGUGGUCCCCGAGACCAAGAGCAAGACGUUCCUGGAGAUCAGCCAGAUGUUCGCCAAGAGGAACAAAGUGGAAAUCAAGCUGGGUGAUGGGGAUCAGCCACUGAAAGAGAGCAAAGAAAGCCUGGAGGAUGCAGUGAGGGUCACGGCCUUCUGAAGACAAGUGAGAGCAUUCAGAGAGGAAGUCUUCACUCCGGGGGUAGUUUUAAUGGACUGGAAUUUAUUUGAAUUUGCCUCUAUCUUUUAUUUUACAAUGAAUCUUUGUGCAAUCACUUUUUUAUAGUUUGUUUGUGCCUG